GGUUCUUGGGAGUUCUCCGGGCUUUGCGCAGGGGCCUGUCGGGGAGGGCUGGAGUGAGGGUGGGUUAUCGCUGCCGAGGCCUGGGUGCGUCCGCAUCGCGGUCUCCCGGGUGCGCAGUACUUCCGGCCGGGGCCGCGGGCCCUGGUGUGCGUGGGCUGCGCGGUGCUGUGUACCUUUCCGCUCCGCGGCCGCCCUCCUUUAAGUGUGUGUGGUGUCGCGGUGUGAUGCGCGUAACAGAAAGACUGUGUGCCUGAGUCUACGCGGAGCCAGCCUUCCUGGGGCCCGGGCUGGGACCGCGUUCGGCCUGUGGCUAAGGCGCGGCCCACAGCGCUGGGUGUGUGGCAGCCCGGCUCCUGCUCCGGGCUUCGCCUGGGGCCUGCCCUGCCAUCCCAGCCACCAGAUGCGCGGAGCCACGAAGACGGGCCUUUCACACCCAAAAGUAACCACUGUCCUGACUCCCAGCACCAUAGCUGAUCUUGCAUCGUUGAUGGAUAACACAUAUGAGAGAAAGUUGCCUGUGAGUUCUUUAACAAUAUCACGGUUUGUGGACAACAUUUCGUCUCGAGAGGAAGUAGACCAUGCAGAGUAUUACCUUUACAAAAAACGAGUAACUCUGGAUCUAGAAAGGGACCCAAGGAGGUUAUCUACAUACAGUUUGCUUGAUCCUGGCGAGUUUAACUACAGAGGAGGCACUGGGGAGUUUUUCAGAUUUCGACACAGCCCCAACUGCUGGUACCUGCGAGACUGGACAAUCCACACCUGGAUCAGGCAGUGUCUAAAGUAUGGUGCGGAAGACAAAGCCUUGCACACCGUUCUAAACAAGGUUCAAUAUGGAAUUUUUCCAGAUAACUUUACAUUCAAUUUAUUGAUAGAUUCUUUCAUAAAGAAAGAAAAUUUCCAAGAUGCUUUGUCUGUGGUUUUUGAGGUCAUGUUGCAAGAAGCCUUUGACGCGCCAUCCACCCAGCUUCUGUCUCUCUAUGUUUUAUACCACUGCCUGGCCAAGAAGACAGACCUCAAUUGGGAAGAGGAGCGGAACUUUGGUGCAGCCCUGUUACUUCCAGGCCUAAAGCAACAGAACUCAGUGGGUUUGAGUUCCCAGUUAUAUGGCUACGCACUUCUUGGGAAGGUGGAGCUGCAGCGAGGACUGCGGGCCGUGUACCACAACAUGCCUCUGAUGUGGAAGCCAGGCUACCUGGACAGAGCCCUGCAAGUGAUGGCGACGGCCGCCUCCUCCCCUGAAGACAGAAAGCUGUGCAGAGAAGCGCUCGACGUGCUGGACGCUGUGCUGAAGGCUGUGACGUCCCCAGCCGCCGAGGCCUUGGAAGAGCAGCCCCAGGAAGGCGAAGGCACGCUGGGCCCAGCCCACCUGGUGGAGCAGUUAGACAUCGAGGAGACCGAGCAGUCCAAGCUUCCCCAGUACCUGGAGCGCUUUCAGGCCUUGCAGGCCGAGCUCCAGGCCCUGGGCAGAGUGGAAUCAGAAAGCCUUGUGACUCUGACCACCCAGCUGGUCAAGGAGCAGCUCCCCAGCUGCGAGGCCGAGGACCUGGCCACCUACGAGCAGAAACAGCAGCAGUGGCGGCAGGAGCAGGUGCAGCUGAUCCAGAGGGAACAGGAGCAGCGGGAGAAGGCGAGAAAGGAGCACCAGGCCCGGCAAGCAGCAAAGGCUUCUGCGUGACAGGCCGUGGGCCCCCCCUCCAGCAGCUCCUCAGUGCCCGGGCCGGAGGGCGGCAGCAGGGGGCUACGGCCUCUGUGUGACAGGCCGUGGGCACCCCCACCCCCACCCCCAGCAGCUCCUCAGUGACUCGGCCCAGGGGGUGGCAGCAGGGGGCUACGGCCUCUGUCUGCGUGACAGGCCACAGCCCCCCACCCCCACCCUGCCAGCAGCACCUCAGUGACCCAGCCCAGGAUGCGGCAGCGGGGGGCAGCAGCCUCAGCUUCCUCCUCAAAGCUUCUCCUGCUCUAACGCAGACACCUGUGUCCCACUGUCAAGAGGCUGUCACUACCUGUCCACAAGCCACCGAAGCCACCAGCUCUACCUGUAGGGGGCUCUUGGGGCUUUCUGUGGGGGUCCAGGGGCACCAGAGGCAAUUUUCAGCUUUGAAAAUCCCAGCACCUUCCUGGUGGUAGGAGAAGGUAAGGCUGAGAGCCGGGUCUCCCAGCCCAGGCACGUGAGACCAGGUGCAGUGCGCAUGCCGACGCCUGUGCCCUGAGCCGCCUCGCCAGCGCUGAGAGCCGGCUAGGGUGUGCAUACACACCCACGCUCUGCCUUCCACCACACCUCCCUCUCCGGACCUGCCCUGGGAGAAGUGCAGGAGUAAACCCAAUAGCACGAACCCUGUGGACUUCCAGGUGUAGGCACCCACAGUGACGUUUUUAGAAUGGAAGGGCUCUUGAGAAAGCCAGUCCUGGCUAGGACACCUUCGUCAACACUGGGGUCACUUUUUCCAAAGCUUUGUAUCAGCACAAUGAGCCGCUGGUGCACAUGCACACACGCACAACCUGUGAAUGCCAAGCUGGAGACAGCGAGAUGGGCACGGGGCUAUGAGGACUGUCGGGACGGCAAGUGCCCUGAGUUUGCCCCUCUGUGACACGGGCCAGGGCCGCUGCCCGCCGUGUCCUGUUGCCGGGAAGUGCAGUGCCAGCUUUCCCUCAGGCCUGUGCUCUUCUGUCGAGAACCUGUGGAAAUAAAUGUGCUGGCAUUG